CUUCAGCAGUCAUCUUUAGCCUUUCUGGUAUUUAUGUGUUAAUUCUCUCUACUAUUCUUGGCAUCCCAGACUUAUAAUUCUUGGAAACCAUUCAACAUUAUGUCUCAACCGACAAAGAUAAAAGCGGUAUUCUUCGACUUCAUGGGAACAUGCCUCGAUUGGCACAGCAGUGUCGUGCAAGCCCUACCCCCCGCCAUUCCCAAAACCGAAGCUUCCAAACUCGCUCUCGAAUGGCGAAGGCGGUAUUUCAUCGCCAAUAGCCAGCGGCUUGCUCAAAAGCUUGAGCCUGAAGACAUAGAUGACACGCUCAUUCGCGUACUUGACAACGUACUGGAAGAUUCAGCAGAGUAUAAGCAACAUUUUGACGCGCCAACCAAGAAGCAAUUGAUUACUGCUUGGCACUCUCAGCCAGCUUGGCCAGAAGUUCGAAAGGCAAUUCAGUCGAUCCGAGAAGAUCUAGAUCUGGAAGUCUUUGUCCACGCCAACGGUACAACGCGUCUGCAGCUAGACCUCACUCGCUUCGCUGGACUGAAUUUUAACAUGCUCUUUUCAAGCCAGUUGUUGGGGACGUAUAAGCCAGAUCCUGAGGCGUACAACAAGGCGUUGCGACUCGUCAAGCUGAAGCCUGAAGAAGUUGUAUUAGUUGCGGCUCAUGCAUACGACCUAAGAGGGGCCCAAGGUGUUGGAAUCAAGACGAUUUACAUCCAUCGUUGGACGGAUGAUGUUGAUGAGGAUAUGGAGAAGGUGAAGGGAGAGUUUGGUGCUUUUCUGGAGGGCAUGGAGGAGUUGCCUGCUACGAUUGAGAGAAUGCAGCGAUGAAGAAGUUUUAGUUUUGACGGAUUGACAAAUAUCAACCCGUUCCAAUUCAUUCACUGGCCUUCUCAUUUUUAUUAACAUUAACGCCGCAGGCUCCACGUCCCUUGUACGUCGGUCCACAGUGGAGUUCAACAGCAUUCACAGAACAUUAGAGAUCAGCAUCAAGUGAAUAAAAUACUUAUUCAGGAGCUCAGAACUACGAAACAGAGCCGGCCAUAAGUAGCUCAUGGCAUGAAACGUUCCUUUUGAGGCCAAAGUUCGACGUGGUGGUCCAAACCUAAAACUCCAAAUCUUGUCAUCAAUAAAUCGAAAUACG